UACAAAAAAAUAGCAGAGGAUGCCCUCUAUUUAGGGGAGAAAUGGUUAGAUUUAGCUUCUAACUUCAUAUGUAUAUUAAAGGAGGAGAUGUAACCCAAAGAAAUAGCUAACUCUUUUCCAUUUUUAGGCAGUUGACCAUUCACAAGUCAUUGCUUCUUAUUUUCUCUAUCCAUAACCGCCAAAUUAUAAUAAUCCUACAUAUAGUUGACUUCUCUUCCAUAACCUUUUUUUGUUUAUAAAGAGAAAAAGAAGAACAUUGUAGUUGGAUUUUAUUUAUUUCUUCGAAUUUGAAGAAAAUGUUCAAGACAUUUUCUAUGUCCUCCCGAAUGGGAAGAGACUUGCAGAGAUACAAUGAAGGUUGUCGUCAAGUUGUUGGAUGCAUUCCGUACAGAUACAGGGAUAAUUACCAGUCAGGUUCUAAUAUUGAUGACUUGGAGUUUCUAUUAAUCAGCUCACAGAAGAGUCCAAGAUUAAUGUUCCCUAAGGGUGGUUGGGAAAUUGAUGAAUCAUUGAAAGAUGCAGCUUUACGAGAGACCUUCGAGGAAGCUGGAGUUCUUGGUGACGUUGAGAUUCAGGACUAUUUAGGUACCUGGAGUUUCAAGAGCAAAAGCCAAGGCACAUUUCAUGAGGGACACAUGUUGCCUUUGCUUGUAACCGAGGAAUUAGAAGAUUGGCCAGAGAAAUCUGCCCGGCAACGUUUAUGGAUGAAAUUUGAUGAAGCGAGAGAAAUAUGUUGGCAUCCAUGGAUGAAAGAAGCUUUAGACGUCUUUGCUUCUAAGCUUGCGAAGAGAAACAAAGAAGAGCUUCAGACAUGCCCUUUCAAGGAAUUAUCAAAUGAAGCAAUGCCAAACAAUAUUGGUACUAUAGCUAACCAAAUGUACAAUAUUGAAGAGCCAAGAAUGGACAAUGCUGAAGCUAAUCCUUUGACCUGUCAUGAAGAACCAAGCAUCAAUCCAAUCUUCAACGAUGAACAGUUAAUUAAUUCCGUAGCUCAUUCCAUGUUCAAUGAGCCACUGUUCAGUGAAGAACUGGGAAUAAGCCGUGUAGCUACAUCAAUGUUCAAUGAAGAUACAAGAAUAAGCAUUACUGCUCAUAGCUAGCAACGAAAGGAAGGAGAAACAUCAACAAGCUUAAGAAGCAACAGUGGCGAAUCCGAAAUUUAGACGAUAUUGGGUUCUGAAAUGUAUCUCUAAAUCUAUAUAUACCCUUGCGUUUUGCAUAUGUAUAUUAGUUCGAUCCUGAAGCACCGCUGAGAAAUAUUAGUAGGCAUUGUAGCUUGAAGCAAGGAUCAAGAAUCAGGGAUGCCUAUUCAGUAGAAUUCUCAAGGUGCCAGGAAUGAAGAUAGUAUAUGAAAGUAUGUGUUAAAUGUAAAUAGAUUAGGGACUUAAGGUGCAUAGUCUUUCUUCUUUUCCUUGUUGUAAAUACUCCUUCACCAAUAUAUUAUGAGUGUAGAGACUGACAUAUUUAAUGUGUAUGAUUUUACUUACUA